UUCUUGUUCUUAACAAAAAUCUAAGCCAACAACUCCACCACCGCCAGAACCUCCUCCAAAGAUGGCUUCACUGGCAGCAUCCACCGCCGCAGCCUCCCUUGGUGUUUCGGAAAUGUUUGGGAACCCUCUGAACUUCAGUGGAGCUGCCAGGACAUCCGCCCCACCAGCAUCAAGGCCAGUCAUCUUUAAGCCUGUUGCUCUUUUCUCCAAGAAGAAGGCUGCUCCUCCUCCCAAGUCAAAACCCGCCCCCAUCUCCCCAGCCAAUGAAGAACUCGCCAAGUGGUAUGGUCCUGACAGAAGAAUCUUUUUGCCGGAGGGACUCCUGGACAGGUCAGAGAUCCCAGCGUACUUGACCGGAGAGGUUCCCGGAGACUAUGGAUAUGACCCUUUUGGACUUAGCAAGAAGCCAGAAGACUUCAGCAAAUAUCAAGCAUAUGAGCUGAUUCAUGGCAGAUGGGCCAUGCUUGGUGCUGCCGGCUUCAUCAUCCCUGAAGCCCUCAACAAAUAUGGUGCCAACUGUGGCCCUGAAGCCGUUUGGUUCAAGACUGGAGCUCUUCUCCUUGAUGGAAACACAUUGAACUACUUUGGAAGGAAUAUCCCAAUCAAUCUUGUCUUUGCUGUGAUUUUUGAGAUUAUCCUUGUUGGUGGUGCUGAAUAUUACAGAAUUAUUAAUGGCUUGGGCUUGGAGGACCAGCUUCACCCCGGUGGUCCUUUUGACCCAUUGGGGCUGGCCAAGGAUCCUGACCAGGCUGCAAUUCUGAAGGUGAAGGAAAUCAAGAAUGGCAGGCUGGCGAUGUUCGCCAUGCUCGGAUUUUACUUCCAGGCUUAUGUCACCGGAGAAGGUCCUGUGGAGAACCUUGCAAAACACCUCAGUGAUCCUUUUGGCAACAACUUGCUCACCGUGAUUGCUGGAUCAGCUGGGAGGGCUCCCACCCUGUAAUUUCAGUUGCUGUUUUGUUGAAUCCAAAAUGCCAUUGUAUAUCGGAUUGAGAUGUUUUCAAGGAGCUUGAACUUCAAACUGUUCUUUAAAUCCAUGUAGAGGUCUUUGGUAAAAUUUAAUUCAUCUAUGACUGUAGCAUACAUGAUACUGCUUUCUUGGAUGUUUGGAGCAAACUUUAAGUUUAAAAAAUAAGGCAUUUUAUA